AUGAACCCUUACGUCCAACGCCUGGACCUUUACGAUGAUAUUGACGCCCUUCAAAGCAGUAUUGGCCGGAUGGAGGCAGAAAAGAAUGACAUUUACUUUCAAAUCAGGAUGAUUGAAGGGCAGAUCGACUACUUCAGGCGAAAUCCCCUCGCUGGAGAGAUCGAACGACUUGAGAUACACAAGGCGAUGCUCAACGGCCGUUAUCUGGAGGUUCAGGGCAAAAUAGGGGAGAAGCAUGCGGAGCUUAGGAGGAAGAGGGCAGAGGUGGCCCAACUAGACAGAGACAGAGACAGAGGCUAA